GCGGACGGAGGGGCAGAGUGGCGCGCUUCUCUGGACGCUGAUUUAUUUAUCUGUAUAAAUGACCGGACUACGGAUGGAUUUUGACCGUGUUUGCGCACUAUUCUGCCCGUAACAAGGGUCGAGGACUUAGCUGUGUUAUCUGGGAUUAAGUACGCCAAUAUUUUCCGGGUGUGUUUUCAUUUUUUUUGGGAGAAGUCACGAGCAGCAUGCUGCUCUCUAAACUGGGCUCCUUCUCUCACAUCCCGUCCAGCAUGGAUCUGCCGGCAAAGCUGCAAGCCAAAGCGGAGAAGCAGCCGUUUGAGAAGCUGUACCGGCUGGACUCGGUGCUCGGCAGCGGAGGAUUCGGCACAGUCUACUCGGCUGUCCGCCUGGCCGACGGGCUGCCGGUGGCGGUGAAGCAUGUGUGCAGAGACAGAGUAACUGAGUGGGGCUCUCUGUGUGGCGCCGUGGUUCCUCUGGAGAUUGUGCUGUUGAAGAAGGUGGGCGGGGCGUUUGGCGGCGUGGUGCGGCUGUUGGACUGGUGGGAGCAGGUGGACGGCUGGCUGAUGGUGAUGGAGCGUCCCGAGCCGGGGCAGGACCUGUUUGAUUACAUCACAGAGCGCGGAGCACUGGACGAGGCCGCAGCGCGUGGCUUCUUCCUGCAGGUGCUGGAGGCCGUGCGUCACUGCUACACCUGCGGCGUGGUCCACAGAGACAUCAAGGACGAGAACCUGCUGGUGGAUCUGAAGACCGGACAGAUCAAACUCAUUGACUUCGGCUCAGGGGCCCUCCUCAAAGACGCCGCCUACACCGAGUUCGAUGGUACGCGGGUGUAUAGUCCUCCAGAGUGGAUCCGUCUCCACCGGUACCACGGCCGCUCGGCCACCGUCUGGUCGCUCGGUGUGCUGCUGUAUGACAUGGUGUGUGGAGACAUCCCCUUUGAACAAGACGAGGAGAUCCUGAAUGGACGGGUCUACUUCAGACGCGAAAUCUCCUCAGACUGCCAGCAGCUGAUUGGCUGGUGUCUGAACCAGCAGCCAUCUGACCGGCCAACCCUGGAGCAGAUCCUCCUCCACCCCUGGGUGACGGGCAGCAAUGGACAGCAGACGGACAGCGGUGGCGUCACGCUCCACACCAUCACAGUUGACUCCUCCUCGUCUUCCUCCACCAGCCAGCAGAGCAUCUGAUUGGUCAAAGGGAGGCUGCCGGGGGUCGUGGCGUGAUCUUGAUUCACAGAUGUCCUCCAGUGGUGUUUGACUUCAGUUACCUUGUGGUCGCGGUCACAGUUAAGUUUGACACCGCGCUGCUCCACGGUGCCCCUUUCCUGUUCACUGACUAUGGAGCCUCAACACCUGCGUAGUUUUCCGUCUGGUGUUCCUCGUUCAGAGUGCCUUGAGUUUGAAAGCUGCUGUGGGAGGAGCGUCUCAACGGUAGCCAGCUGUAGAUCAGUAGCGCGUUCAGCCCCGACAAAACGUAGCAAAGCAUUUAUUAAAACGGAAACGGUGGUGUGUUGAACACCCUGUUGUGUUACGCAAUCGUUACAGUUAUGGCAGCUGAGAAGGCUAUUUUUUGAGGAGCCUAAUGAAAUUAGUUUGUUCAUGUUUAAUACUACAAAGUGUGCUUGAUGUUACCGCUCUUGCCGUCCAGAAUAGCAGAGAACAUCCCGAUAAAGUAAAGGGGUUUGUAGAAACUGCAGGGCAGGGUUUACAGGCCUAUACACGUCGCUGCAGAUUAAGUAACCCCUCGGACACACCCACCAAACAAGAGGAAACCUCAAAGCCCGUUCGACGCUGUUUUUGAGGACUCGCAUCCUUCAACCGAAACAAAACAGUGCACACUGUUUUCAGACUGAGCGUGCCCCAGGAGUCCGUCUGGAGGUGUGGAGGGUUCCUUAAGUUUAGAUAAUAAAGUUGGAACCCACAUAAUCGUUAUAGAGGAACCCAGUCCAGUUAUUUUCUCCCAAAAAUAGUUUUGCAGAUAAAGUGGUUUACUCAACGACUCCAUUUCUGCAGUGAUGGGCCACAUGAUUAUAAUACAUAUUAUAAUUACAUGUAGACAUGUGACACUUAUUUUCACUGUUGAUCAAUCUGUCAAUUAUUUUGUCCUUUCAAUUGUCUAGUCAACAAUAGAGAGGUCAGGUCCCUCCCCUUACCACGGACCGCCAUGGGACCUUAUACCGCAGUUUGUCGUGAAUCUGUACAAGUACAAAACUGAAAAUCUGUAACUACAAAGAAUACACACCUAAAAGUUAAGGGACUUCCCCUUUUCUAUAUGGACGCACAUUGCUUUCACCAAAAGAAAAGACUUCCUACGACUUCUGUAUCUCAUCAUUACACCAUGAUCAUGUUUGGCGAUGGCUGUCAAAACAAAAAAACUGUUUUCUGUGGCUGAAAUUCACAGAAUCUGAUGGGUCACAGAAUUUUUCGCCUGUUGUCUCGUCAUUGUGAGAUAGUACGUCAUAAUUACAAGAUCAGGCCUUUCUUUGGUGAAUGCAGUCUGUACAAUAAGAUGUGAGACAACAGUGACAAGUUAGACCAACUGUCCAAAACCCAAACAAAUUCAGUUUAAGGAGUCCUCUGAGGAACACCACCCACCUUGUGAUGUCAGCGUGGGACCCGGCGAGCUACUGGAAACACACAUGCCUCUGUAGAGCUUGGACUGGCUCAGGACACCAGACCCUGGUCUCAGUUCUGAUUCCAAAACAUGACUGUUUGAUACGUGCUAUGCUGAGUUGAAACCUUUUUUAUUUUGUAUUUUUAUUUUUUCAUGUAACUAACAUCUCACAUCCUCUGAACACAGAAGGACUUUUCCCAACUAAAACAAAGGCUAGAAAGGAACAAAAUUGUGAUUUUAUAUCAGGAGAUAAUGUGUGUUAAAGUAAAUCUGUCCCAGCCUCUCAGGUUAGCUCCCGGCUCAGAACUUUAUCUCUCUACCGUUGAGGUUAAUCAAAACCGUUUAGUUGAUUUUUUUUUCCUCUGUUUUCUGUUUCAGUAUUUACACCACAGCAUUACUUAUGAUGAGAUACAUGUUAUUCUUUAAAGUUUCCACAGCCAGUUCAGCCUCUCCCUAAAUUCAGUUCAACUCAACGGGGCUUAAUUGGCAUGGGAAACAAGCGUUUACAUUGCCAAAGCAAGUGUGAAAUAAAAACAUGUACAGUAUAUAAACAGAAGAAUUGUGAUUUCUCUUGUAGUUUUUAAAGGCUCUCAGAGGAAAUGCCGGCGCUCAGCUUUAUCCUCAUCACUUUGUUUGAAUUGUGUUCUGAAAACAAUAUCUCAGUCUGUGAGUGUAAAAUGCACAGUCAAUGCAAAUAUUUAGUUUUGUAUUUUGAAUAUAUGUAUUUGUUUUUUAUACUGUAUAUAUUUUUUUGUACAUUUCUGAGUUUUAUUUAUUUAGUGAAGGGGCGUUCCUUAUCAUUGCAUUAUUUAAGUUGUCUUAACUGUUAUAAAAUGAUUAUUUCAUUUUCAUUUUUGCUUAAAACAAAUAAAAUCAGCGUCAGGUUUGAGUUUGGUCACGUUAGGCUUAAGAGUUUAAACUAAUUUCUCAUUAUAUGUGUUACAGUUUUUGGUGUUAUAUACAAUUGUCACAGAGAAGUAUUUUUUCAUAGAAAAUUUUCAAUUAAACUUCUCAUAUAUAAACUGAU